UUUUCUGCAUUUGGGUGGCCUUCGGACUGCUUUGUACAAUUACAUUUUUGCCAAAAAACACCAAGGGACCUUUAUUUUGAGAGUGGAGGAUACAGAUCAAAAUCGAGUGGUGCCUGGAGCUGCAGAAGGAAUAGAAGAUAUGCUGGAUUGGGCAGGUAUUCCCCCCGAUGAGAGUCCUCGCCGCGGUGGUUCCUUUGGACCGUACCAGCAGUCACACAGACUUGACCUUUACAGGAGAGCCAGUGAUGUGCUUUUGGAGAGAGGAGCGGCGUACCGCUGCUUUUGUACCUGUCAGCGCCUGGAGCUGCUGAAGAAGGAGGCUUUGCGGAGCCAGCAGACCCCACGAUACGACAACCGGUGUCGGCACCUGACACCCACAGAAGUGGCUGAGAAGCUGUCACAGGGCCUUGACUGGGUUGUCCGCUUCCGGCUGGAGAAGGGGGUGGAACCCUUUCAGGACCUGGUCUACGGCUGGAACAAGCACGAAGUGGCUGACGUGGAAGGUGACCCCGUGAUCCUCAAGGGGGACGGCUUCCCCACUUACCACCUGGCGAAUGUGGUGGAUGACCAUUACAUGGGCAUCAGCCACGUUCUGCGGGGAACUGAGUGGCUGACUUCAACGUCCAAGCACCUCCUUCUCUACAAAGCCUUUGGCUGGGAUCCCCCUCAGUUUGGUCACCUCCCGCUGCUUCUGAACAAAGAUGGUGGCAAGCUGUCAAAAAGGCAGGGGGACAUCUUUCUGGAGCGUUUUGCUCAGGAUGGCUACUUGCCAGAGGCUCUGCUGGACAUCAUAACCAACUGUGGCUCUGGAUUUGCAGAGAAACAGAUGGGGAGGACUCUGGAGGAGCUGAUCUUGCAGUUUGAAAUAGGCAGAAUUACAACCCAUUCUGCCCUCCUGGAUCUUGAAAAACUCCCAGAAUUCAACAGGAUUCACCUCACCCGUCAUAUUGAGAACGAAGGGCUGCGACAGAAGCUAAUUAGAGAGUUGCAGUUGCUGGUGGAGCGUGUCUAUGGGGAUCAACAAGUGGCUCAAGAGGCUUUAGAAAAGGAGUAUGUGGAGCGAGUCCUCCUGCUGAGAAAAGGUCACAUAAGCCUCCUGAAGAACCUCGUGUCAUCUGAUUAUUCUUACUUAUGGGUUAGGCCCUCAGUGUCCCGAGAGCAGCUACACACCAUUUCUGCAGAAGUAGAUGAAAUAGGAAAACUAGUCUUAGGGCUCAUGACAAGGCAGGCAGCUGUUUUGACUGUGGAGGAGUUGAACACAGACCUGAGAAGCCUCCAGAAGCAAACUAAAGAGACUAAGUACAGCAGCAUGAUGAAGCUCCUUCGCUUGGCUCUCAGUGGGCAGCAGCAUGGACCGAGCGUUGCUGAGAUGAUGGUGACUUUGGGACCCAAAGAAGUGUGUGGAAGAAUACACAAAGCACUAGCUAGCUAAUAAGAGA